UCAUUGAAACAUCAAAACAGAAAAUCAUCAAUUUUUCAGUUCAAACAAUUUUCUAAAUUAAAUCACACCUAAACCUUUUUAAAUUUGUUUUAACAUACAAUUGCAUUCAAUACGUGUUGUUUAAUUGAAAUUUACAGUACAAGAUGAAUACAUGGUCGGCUCACUUGCUUUUGGCUAAAAAAUACCUUCUGCACGUUUUCGAUCUCGAAAUUAUUUCUAUGUGGCAAUGUGUAGAGAUUGCCUUGGGACUGCUGAUGGUCACAAUCUUAUUCUAUUUGAUGCUUGAAUCCAGCAAGUACGAAAGAGCUGUUAGAAACUAUGCAUGCCCUAACUCAAUCCAAUUCAAAACCGAACAUCGAGAUGGGCUACAUGAUUCGGAUAUGAGUAUUGGCUAUCAAGAAUACAGAGCAAGACGAAAAUUGCGUCCAUGUACCCUAUCCAAAUUAAGUUGGACCACGGAGGAACGCAAUAAGUUCGUGGACAUCCUCAACGGAAGACUGGAAGUAAUGAAGGGUAGUCCAGAACACGAUCGUUAUGCUGAGCAACUAUUAUCGCUAUCACCAUCGCAAUUCGUCCGACUGGAUAAGGAAGAACAGAAGCGAAAAGUCGCCUGUGCGCUGUCACUGUCAACGCUGUAUCGCAACGUGAAGGAAAAGCGCUUCAGCGAUGAAGAGUUACUGAAACAACUCGAAGCCGCCAAAGAGGAGUGUCAAUAUUCAGCCUACGCGCGUGAAAUUAUGGAUUAUGUUAAAGCGGAAAACGUCACUGAUAGUCUGAUUGACUUACUGCAGGAGUUCAUUGAUAACAGCAGUGUUGACAACCCACCACCCAUGAGUGAAUUCACGUCGAUGGUCUAUGACGUUGGUAAUUUCAACAUAAAACCUUUGAAGAAACUGCAAAUGUAAAUUUGAAUUCCAUUUCCAAAUAAUCCACCAGUUUGGAAUAUUUAUUGAUUUUGAAAAUGAAAAUGCAUGAGAAACACUACAAAUUUUAGCGAUAAAACGUUUUAAAUUCAUAAUAAAAAUUUAAUAAAUUCCGGAAAAUUUGAAGCGAGCCACAAAAACAUAGAAUGCAA